AUGUCGAACUGCCCCCACCCGAGAGGCGAUUGUGGCGGUCGCUCCGUUGCCGCUGAGGGCACUCUUGUCCCCAGUCACAUUUCGUGUGGGGACUUCACUUUUCAGGGCGGUCAAACACCGAGGAAAGAACUGGCUGGUGUUCACACUUCUGCCCUGAUGCAGCCAGGUUUAUCGUCCGCAGUGCCGUCGAAUUCCAUUUUGAGCUUCUCGCACGAUGUAGUGGCCGCAGGAAAUGGAAUGCCACCGUCCGUGUCUCCUGCUUCUUCAGAAAAAAAAAAAGUUUUGGGGACUUCUGGCGGCGGUGGCAGUGCCGAGGGUACAUUAAACUCCGCCAACAGUUCGGAUCAGGGUCCCACCGGCACCCCCGUAAAAAGGAAUACAAAGCCUUUGGUGCCACAGCAACAUGUUACUAAAUGUCAGCUAACACCGAAUGAUGCUGCCGCUUCGGGUCUCCUCAUCACCACGCCUGAAACACCCUGUAAUGAAAAAAAUCCGGUGUACGCGGCCGUUGGUGCUGCUAGACAAUCGCGUGAACGGAUGAUAUCGGCCGAAAACUUCACUGUAAUACAACCGGGAGGGAAACUCAGAACGCACUUACCACCACAAAGGGAAAGCGGGAGCGACAAGAAGGGAAAGAAAUAA